AAGCCAAAUGCAUAUACAGUGAAAAUGUAUUUAAGUUAAUAUAUCUAAAGGAGAUUAUGUACAAAGUUGUGGAUCUUUUAAAGAGUUGUAGAACUUACUGUAAAAUGGUACUUUUUAUUUUAGCUUUGGUCGUGGUAGGGGUGACGACCAUCCCUGCCAAUAAUGUCAGCCAAAGGUUCUCAACCUGGAGACUUUCGCCUGAAGACUACGCCUUUAUCAAUAACCUCCCCAAGCCCAGAGGAGCUGGCAACCUGCCAGGUUUUAAGUACAUUUACAUAGAUGCCAGUGGAACCAAGUCCCGCAACUAUGACCCUUCCAAGCAACAGAUUCAGAUCGCUGGCUCCCCCCGCACCUCCUGGGAAGGAGUCAACGCCGCCGCUGAUAUAAUUGUCAAGAUGACCCGGUACAUGCCGUCGCCGAUCUUUGACAACUUGGUUCUAAAAACAUCUGUUGGGGUGUUUACAGCGGCGGAGAAACUGACAAUCUACCCGGAGUACUACAACUUGGCCAACACUCACUGCGGCUCCUCCUGUGCAGGUCAGUGUGACAUAACGUGUACAUUUGAUGGCCGCAAGUAUGAAGAUCUGGUCGGAGUCGGGGGUCAAAGGGCAGUCGUACUAGAGGACAACGUCCUGUGUACCCCCGGUGACCCAUUUCAUGGAACGGAGAACAUCCUGGCACAUGAGUUUACACACACCAUACACGUCCACGGCAUUUCUGCUAUGGACCAAUCAAACGUCUACGCAGCCUAUCUGGCAGCCAAGAACCAUCAGAUCUGGACACCGAGUUCCUACGCCAUGACCAACGAGCAGGAGUACUUCGCCGAGGCGGCCACGGUCUACUUUGGCAUUAACUUCAGCAACGACAACUCCGGGGGGAUGAACAUGUGCCGCCCCGGCGCCUUCUGCUCGGGGGAGAUGGCUGACAGGCAGCACCUGUACCAGACGGACACGCCCCUGUACAACAUGCUUACCUACGUGUUUACCAACAACCGGUCGCAGCUGGCCAGUGGUCUGACUGUUUGUCCAUCAGGUCACUCUGUCAUCGGGUAGAGGUAUUAGUGGUUCGUAUGAGGCGUAGGAAAAAAAUAAACACAUUUAUGAGAAACU